UAUAUUCCUGGUAGCUUUGCGAGGAAAACACACAAGACAAUUAUUACAAAAUAUAAAGAGAUUGAGUGGCAGCGAGAGACUUUUUUUUUAAUAUUUGUGUCAGAAUAAACGCAUCUCAGUAAACUUUGAAGCUUCUGAGUUCAGCUUAGCUUAGCUAACUAGCGGCUAACAAAGAGACCCGGAAGUUGUCAACACAGCUAAGUAGAGCCGGAGUGUGAGUGUAAAGUGUUGUGAUUGUGUGAAAAUGUGUAAAGUACAAAUGCUGAGAGCGUUGGUGAACCAGCGACUAACUGCGGCUGUGGAAGAAAUAUUUGUAGUGCUGGAAAGAACGAUAGCAGAGUAUGAGGAAGAACUUUCUCGAACAAAAAAUGAGAACCAGCGACAACGUCAACUACUGGACGCUGUUUGCAAGAAGCGUCAAGUUGUGUUACACAGAGCAGAUGCCAUUGAAGAACGACCUCCCACUAAGCAGCGGGAGUGGAACCCCAGCAUGGAACAGGAGGAUCCACUGCCCCUGCACAUUAAAGUGGAGCAGCCACAGCUCCCCCACAUUAAAGAGGAAGACAGGGAUCACGCCAUCAGUCAGGACGGAGAGCAUCUUGAAGGAGUGGAGGAGUUCCCAGUGAUUGUUGUCACUGUGGACAGUAAAAACGAUGAAGACAAAGGUCAAGGUGAGGAGAAGGGAGAGGCUGAGCCUCCACACAGUAGCUCAACUCAACACAUGACAACAGAAGCUGAUGGAGACCACUGUGGAGGAUCACAAGCACACAACCUCUUAGCUCCACUAUCAGAUAGUGACGACACAACGUCACACUCUGCUGACACUGAUGAUGAAGACUCCAAAGCUCCAAUGACAUGUCACACUGACAACACACACUGGAAAUGCUCUCAAUGUGACAAAACUUUUGUUACAAAGGGAAAUCUGAAAGUACACAUGAGACGUCACACUGGAGAGAAACCUUUCACCUGCUUGGUUUGUGGGAAAAGAUUCUCUCAGCGGUCACAUUUGAAAACCCACACAAGAAUACACACUGGAGAGAAACCUUUUUCCUGCUCAGUUUGUGGUAAAAGUUUCUCUCAGAAGAUAUCUUUGAAGGGACACACAAGAACGCACACGGGAGAGAAACCUUUUUGCUGCGCAAUUUGUGGUAAAAGUUUCUCUCAGAAAAUAACUUUGAUGGGACACACAAGAACACACAUUAGAGGAAACAACUUUUCUUGUUCGAUGUGUGGUCAGCGAUUUACAAAUUUUGCAAACUUGACUGAACACAUGAGAAUCCACACUGGGGAAUAACUUGAAAACCUUUUUUAAAGGACGCAUCCAGCUGGAUUGCAAAGUAAAUCAGUGAACCACAAAUAAGCAAGACUCUAAUACCGUUAAAAAAACAAAAGUUAUGUAAAAGACACCUUGCUAACUGAUGAACUGUUUGCGAUGUUUGUUUCAUCUAUCACAUGUAUGAACACACUUUUCUUCUUCGAGACUUGACCUUUGUACUUUUGACCCUUAAUAAA